AUGCAGCCUCAAAGUUCUUUCGCGCAGUCUCAGGGACAGCCCGCCUUCGAAUUUUCCGAUCCGACGAGGGGAUACUACUCUGGAUUUGAACAUCCAAUCGCAAUGGGCAUCAACGACAUCACCUUACCUUCCUCUCCUGUUGCAAUGCUACCAGUUUGGGAUUUCCUCUCGGGGAUUAUGCAGGAGACGCCCAAUGGAUGCUACGCCAGGAACGGACUAUGUUCGCCAGCCCAUUGUGACAUUGCGAUCAGACCGAGUGGCAUUCACUCACACUCAACAACAGCCCAACCUCAUCUGUUGCCAUCAGAUUACAACGGGCGCAAAGCCACUCGCGGUCGGAGGCGUUCUUCCUUGGUGAUAUACGAACUUAGCGUUACAGUCACUCCUGCUACGUCGGUAACACGACGACCGAGUUAG